AUAAGUCGUAGCCUCCACCGUCCUCGUGUUUGCUCCUUCUGCUAAACCCCUUUGGAGGUAAAGGCAAUGCCUUCAGUGGUGCCAGAAUCACAUCCUGCCAAUGAUUACAGAGGCCGAUGUCAGCUUCAACUUGAUCCAAACAGAGAGACAGAACCAUGCCCGGGAGCUGGUACAGAGCAUCAGCUUAGCUGAAUGGGAUGGCAUUGUAGCCAUUUCAGGAGAUGGACUUCUUUAUGAGGUUAUUAAUGGUUUGAUGGAGCGGCCAGACUGGGAAGAAGCCAUAAAAAUGCCCCUUGGGAUUCUCCCCUGUGGGUCUGGAAAUGCAGUUGCUGCAGCCAUUAACUUUAAUGCUGGGUUUGAGCAGACCUUGGGCCAGGAGUUGCUGACGAAUUGCACCCUCCUGCUCUGCCAUGGGGGAGUGUCUCCCUUGGACCUGGUCUCCGUCACCACCUCCUCAGGCUCCCGCUCCUUCUCCUUCCUCAGCGUGGCCUGGGGCUUCAUCUCUGAUGUGGACAUUGAGAGUGAGAAGUACCGCCACAUGGGAUCGGCCCGCUUUACCUUGGGGACCAUGGUCCGCCUGGCCUCCCUGAACACCUACCGGGGACGUCUCUCAUAUCUGCCUGCUCCAGACUCUGGUGGCCACCGCCCUAUCUUACGCAGCAUCACCAUGGCAGCCAACGGGAGCCUCCCCUUCCAGAGGAUGCCUCUCCACCGCACAGUCUCUGACAUGGGGCUUUGUGAGGAGCGCCGCACCUUCUGCUACCAGGGAUUGGAGCCUACUGAUGAGCCCUCUCCUUCACCCAGCUCUCCACUUCCUUCUUCUGGCUUCCCCACCUCCAGUUUCAGCUUUGAGAACUUGUCGGAGCAGCUGGUAGCCGACAGCCAGGGAGCCCAGGAGAUGGCUGCUCCCACCUCCUUGCCGUCUUCUAUCCGGCAAAUGCGUGGCCCUUCAGACGACUUCCUGGCCCCCCUCAGUCAGCCAGUACCCAAGUCCUGGGUGACAGUGGAGGAUGAUUUUGUUUUGGUGUUGGCCAUCUACCAGACUCACCUAGGGGCUGACCUGUUUGCAGCCCCCUUUGCUUGCUUCAAUGACGGCCUCAUCCACCUCGCCUAUGUGAAGGCGGGCAUUUCACGGGCAGCCCUCAUCCGCCUCUUCUUGGCCAUGGAAAAGGGCACUCACUUUGAGCAAGGGUGUCCCCAUGUCACCAACAUCCCUGUCCGGGCCUUCCGCAUCGAACCGCUCACCCACAAGGGCAUCAUCACUGUUGAUGGUGAGAGGGUGGAGUAUGGCCCCAUCCAGGGACAAAUCCACCAUGGGGUGGCCAACCUCAUUACCGGGACCAGCCCAGUGAAGGUUACAAAGCUCUGAGCUGGUUCCAGGCCCACCUUGCAGGGUCAUGUAGCAGAUCUAGUCUGACAUACGUUCACUCUUCUCCAACUUUGUUCAAGAAAGGGCAUAAAAUGACAGAAAUGAGUGGGUAAAAAGAUGUAUUGGUCUACAAACUCAUCAUCCCUAGCCAGCCUGCUGACUCAGGGUGAUGGGUUUUUGUCCAUUGUAUCCAGAUAAAUUACAGAGAUAGGGAGGCUAUCCUAAAGCCAAUUUUGUUUCAGAAUUGUGGGUGGUGAAUGGUCAUAUGGACCUGAGAGGCCAGUGGGAAACUGAAGGACUGAGAGAUCACACAUGAGCCACACUGGCGCUUCCUGGGCCUUUCCGUUCACGGGACCAAUAAUUGCCUCAGUCCCUUUAGUGAUCCCCAUUUUUUAAAAUCCCUUCCCACUGUGUUUGUGUUUUGGAAAGUUGCCCUUCUCUCCCACUUUCAAACUAAGCCAGACACCCUUUUUGUGUUGAAUGGAAAUCCUUUGGACUCUUCCUUGGAUGACCAAACUGACACACCCACAUAUUGCCCCCAUUUGACAAUAACAGGAAGAUGGGAACCAUAGUUUUUCAUAUCACUGAUCCUUGUCAGUUCGGUUAUUUACUCAGAAGUGGUGUAUAUUUCUCUGAAUACUUAUAAAUCAGGGAUGAGAAACCUGUGUGCCUCCCUGAGAUCUUUCUGGGCUACAGCUCCUAUCCCCAAAUAAUGUGACUAGGUUUGAUGGGAGUUGGAGUGCAGUAACAUCUGAAGUCUCCCAACCCUGACAUAAAUACUAAAAGGAUAUAAAGCCUCUGAAAUUCAGAACUAGACAUGUGAAGUAGCUUGUGAAACACUACCAGUCUCUUUUUUUCUCUCCCUCUUAAGCCCUUAAAUUGAUUGAUGCCAAUCAUUUUCCACCUUCCCAUUUGGUCUACAUUUGGUUCUGCUCUUUCUUCUGCAGGGUGGUGACCAGUGACUGUUAAGGGAAGGAAGGGACCAUUCUGUCUUGAACCCUGUUAUGGCUUGGUUUUAGCCAACUGGGGGUUUAUUAAAAGGAGGUGGGAUCAGCCCAUCAUCACCACUACUACACCAAUGACUUCUAAUUUGGCUUUCUAAGAAUACACUGGAUGAAUGUAACUGGAUUUUUUUUCUUUUGGGAAGGGUUUUAUUGGAGGGGGGUAAGGGUGAUUAUCUUUAUUAUUUCUUUCCUCCCCACCAUGUGGGGGCUAACAAAGCAAUUAAAAUGAUCUAAUACUGUAACAGAACAUGUGUCUCUAAAAGAAAUGAUGUUUACUCUAAA